ACAGGUGGGGACAGAAUUCACCACAAUUUUGUACAAUUUUAUGUGCAAUUCGAGCUGCGUGGGUGGAAUGAAUCGCCGCCCAAUUCUUAUCAUCGUCACUCUGGAAACCAGAGAUGGUCAGGUAUUGGGCCGCCGGUGCUUCGAGGCCAGGAUCUGCGCCUGCCCGGGCCGAGACCGAAAGGCCGACGAGGACAGCAUCCGCAAGCAGCACGUAACGGACGCAUCAAAGAGCAGUGAGGCCUUCCGCCAGGUUUCUCACGGCAUCCAGAUGUCCACCAUCAAGAAGAGAAGAUCUACAGAUGAGGAGGUUUUUUGUUUGCCU